AUGACCACAGAAGUAAUACUACAUUAUCGACCAUAUGAGAGUGAUCCCACACAACUGCCAAAAAUUAUAGAAAAAGUGAUUCAAGAUUUUCCUGCUCGUCGACUGUCGAGAUUUAUUCCUUGGUUUCCACACGCUGGGUCUAAUAAACUUGCACUUAAACCUAAGAGAGCACCACCUCUGAUUUCUGAAGAGGCAGCUGAAGAUGUGAAACAACACUUAACCAUUUUAGAAUACGAUGUUAAAUCACAGAGUUAUGAUUGCACAAUAGAUCUAUUGGAAUUUCAACCUAAUUUGAAAAUAAAGAAGCACUUAGUCCGGUCACACACACUGGAUGAACAGGCUAAUUCUGGAAAAGAAAGACAGGACUUAAAGAGGUCUUGGAGUGUUUCAAUACCCAACAAAAAUUGUACUGAAAAGAUUUUUCCUUUAUCUAAAAAAUUGCAAAAUAGUUUAAAGGCACUAAAUUUACAUUCGUUUUAUAGAGCAAGAUGGACAAUAGAACAGACUGUUUGUGACAAUCAAACUCUGGAAGAUAUUUGGUCAAAACUCAAUCGAAUUAUCAAGCACAAUGAACUUCCAUCUUGUAAUGCUACAAUUCAGAGACACUUAGGUCAAAUAUGGGUAUUCUGUGAUAUUAUGUACUGUGAGUAUGUGGGAAAUCUUCUUAAAGAAAGAUUAUCUCUUACUGGAAAAAUGAAUUUAUUUGUGCAUAAAUGUGGUGUUAUUUUUAGUAUGUAA